GUGGGAGGAAGGGAAGGCGAUGAAGCUCGCCACAACACUGGUUCUUUCCUGUAAAGAUCACUUCCUUGGUUUCAACUUGCCAGCGAAGAUUGGCUUGAAUGAGAUGGAUCGAUUGUGCGCCGCAUCGAGGAUAUGCUACUCAUCUCUAGAGAGCAACAAAAAUAGGUCGGCUGCUUAUCAAGACCAACUUUACAACUGCAUGAAACACCUCGGGGAGGCUAUUCUAGCCAUGAACCCGGAAUUAUCAGUGAAGUACAAUUUUCAAUGGGACCAAAUACUCGGAAUGGUUCGCCAAUGCGCUCAACGUCAUUUCCCAAAAGACGUCCGCUACAUGAUGAGAGCGAUGGAAUACGCUAAGGGUUUAUUUUCCGGCUGAUAAAAAAAAAAA